UUGCCCCCUAUGGGUAGAAAGAAGUAUUAGCGAAACUAAAUGAGAGGAGGCUGAUCAAAGGUACAAGACUGCUGUCGGUGCGCGACUGGAAUGUCUCAGUGGUUGAAUGAUGGAGAAGUGCUGGUGGGUCAAGGCAGCGGUGAAGCAGUACCAGUGAGCCCCAGGCUGCGGAGCCUGCCCGCCCUGCCCAGCGGAAGUCCCAGGAUGGGUCAGAGACGUAGUCCGGUGGCUUCACCGCGCCCCAGAGAGGCAGUCCCGUUAAGCCCACAGGCUGAGACCAUGGGCAAAGCCAAAGAGCUCUUUCUUCUGUGCGACAAAGAGAGAAAAGGGUUCAUCACAAAGCGGGAUAUGCAGAGACUAGAUGGUGAGCUGCCACUGUCGCCCGAACAGCUGGAAACCGUGUUUGAAAGUCUGGACCGAGAGAACAAUGGCUUCCUCACUCCCCUAGAGUUCAACACAGGACUUGGUGGGCUGAUGGGGUUGGAGGAGACGGUUGAGCUGGUUCCAGAAGAAGUGGAGGAGGAUGGAGGGGAACUGGAGGGGUUCCAGGACCCUACUGCUGUUAGGUUGAUCAAUGUUCUGAUGGAGCUUGGAGCAGACAAACUUUUCAAAGAUCAGCAGGAGCUUUGCUCUCUGUGGUGUGAGCUCCAGAGAGGCAGACCAGAGCUCCUGACGUCCCUGGAGUAUGUCCUGGUCCAUGCUGUGUCCCAUCUACAGGACACCAUCAGAGAAAGGGACAAUCUGGAGCAAGCUCUUCGCAGACGGGAGAGCGAACAUGACCAGAUGAUCCGCUCCAUAUAUGAUGAAAUGGAAAACCAGAUCAGAGAGGAGAGGGAGAAAUGGCAGGCCCAGGAACAGGACAGUUUUAGAGAAAAGCAGAGAGGCCAACGACUUACUGAGGAGCUGAGGAUGCGGGAGCAGGACUUGGAGAGUUCGCUGAGCAAACAGAAAGAGCUUGAGAUCAAAAUCAGACAGCUGAGCAGUGAGCAGCUGAGCAUCAAGGAGCAGAACCAGCAGCUGCAGAAGCUCAACAUCCAGUUACAGGAGCAGGUGGAGGGCAGCAGAGAGCAGCUGAAGUCUGCUCUGCAUCAACUCAGUGUGCUGCAGACGAGUGCUGCUCAGGAACAGAAGGACCGACAGAGGAAUGUGAUGAAAGUUUCAAGGAAUAUCAAGAAAGAGAAGGAAAGUCUCCUAAGGCAACUGGAGAUAUUAAGGGAUAUGAACAGGAGGCUGCGAGAUGAAAGAGAUGCUCAGCAAACUCCAAAGAGGAGUCCAGAUGUGUCAAAGUCUUUGCAGAAGAAAGGCUCAAUCAUAGGUAGCUACUUACUGCAGGACAAGCCAGAGCAAAGACAGCCGAGUUCUGCUGAUGAGUUUGAGCAGACCAAAAUGAAAGAGGUUACAGAUCCAUCCAAGACACUCCACCCAUCAUGGACGGAUGAAAGUGUUGAUCAGAUGAACACACAGAGCAAAUAUGUUAGACCUCAUCGAGUGUUUAAGGUGGUAUUUCUGGGUAACUCAGGGGUAGGUAAGAGCUCCUUCAUCCAGCGCUGCUGCACAGGACACUUCCACAGUAAAAUGAUCUCUACUGUGGGAGUAGAUUUUCAAAUGAAGAGUGUAAUUCUGAACUCCAUCACUGUCACCAUGCAGCUAUGGGACACUGCGGGACAGGAGAAGUAUCGGAGCAUCACAGAACAAUACUACAGAAAAGCUGAUGGUAUCCUUGCCAUGUAUGACGUAACUCAGGCUGCCUCCUUUACUGCAGUGAGAGGAUGGAUGGACUCAGUCAGGGAGAAGAUGAGGGAAGGGACUAUACUGGUGCUGGCUGGAAAUAAGCUGGACUCAGCAGACAAUCACAGCAGAGACGUGACCACAGCAGAGGGUCAGAGUCUAGCAGGGCAGUUCCAGGCUUUAUUUUAUGAGUGCAGCGCAAAAACGGGAGACAAUAUAGAAGAGUUGAUGCUUCACCUUGCUGGGAUGCUGGUCACCAAGCAUGAUCAACAGUGCCAAGAUGCUUUCUUGUUGACUGAGGACACCACCGAGAGAAACUGUUGCUCUUUAAAACCAGUGUUAAUGUGAAGCCAGAUGGGGGCAGACACGUUCUCUGUAGAUGAUGGUGGGGGCGAGCUGGACCAAAAGAGGACAGACAUUUAGACGCUUGUGUGGGAGGCUCUCGGCUCUGAAUGUCAGCUGAAAGCCUGACUCUGUUCAGUUCAACAACAGCAGCGGAGAGACGGCGGGAUCUACUGAUAACUGAGCUCCAUCAUCCAAGAUCAG